AUGAAUGAAGAUAUCAGAGAAGAGAACACAGCUGUCUUCAGCGUGCCCUCAGCUAUGGACAUGCCUGGGGAGAAGGUGGAGAAGUGGCCGACGUACAUCAGGGGCGUCAUUUCGACCUUUCAGCGUAGGUUUUCUGAUUUACUUUCAGUCUGGAAUUAACAGCAGUAGCCUUCCACAAUUUUUGUACUUCUAUCAAGAAGCCGAACAUGGGACAUAAUUGAUCUCUGCUCCAGCAUGCUUUAAGUGGUCUCAUAGGUGCCGUUUCGCCAAUUUUAGCUAUAAAUUUAUCUUGCUAUCAGUGCAACUGCUCUGUACCGCUUUUGUCUACUUACAAAAAGUAACUGACUUUCAGUUAUUGCUUCGUUUGGAUAGGUCGGUCAUAAUGCAAACGAUUUUUGACCGCAUGGUGAGAACAAGUCAUGGGGUCACGAACUCGAACGCCGAAUCUGCCUAGCCGUAGGUCCCACUGUACUUCAUCACGGAGGUUUCCCGAGUGAUCGGGCAGGGAGUUGCCUAGCCUGUAUAAACCAACUUUUUCUCGGAUUUUGCAGUGAUUGACUCGCGUUUAAACUUUUGACAUUUCCAGCCAAAACUCCGAAAUCUGAUCUAAAUGACCAGUUCAGUUCCACUCUCGGUUUGUCUUUAAGCCGUUCUUCAGUAUUUAUUUCUCGUCAAUAAUUGACAUUCAUCGGGGAACCACUGCCUCGGUUCGAGGGCCAAGCAGAGCAAAACUGUUCCGUCUUUCUGUCAGGUCACCGUUUACACGCAGUUGGGAUGUUUCCAGUUGCAACUGACAAAAUGUUGACCGGCAUUUCAGUCCGCCGAGGGUUGGAAUUCAGCUUCCUCCUGAUCGACUGACACGGCUUCGGAGAUAGCCACAAAUAUGGGUGACGGACUCCCAAGGAAUACAGUUUCCAGGUGUGUCGGAAAUAACGUGUUGCCAAAAUUUGUUGUAGAAAAACACAGCUGCCGAGGCGCACGGUAUUUCAGAUAACACCGAGUUCGAAGAUGCCGAAAUGCUCACCGUGUGAGUCGCGAGCUGCUCGAGUCAUGGUUCUGUGGCUUUCAGUAUACUGACAAACACGAUUACUUCCCCUGCAUAGUCGGUGCCGAGACUGCUUGGGCGGAGUAAUUAGUCGGGGGAGGAGAACUCGGGGGAACAAUGUUUCCAGUACCGGUGUCGGUGAGCUAAAUUGCUGAGUCAUUAUCACGCCUAUAUUCAACGCCAUUGAUGAAAUUUUGACGAUGGGCGACUCGGAUGCGGGCGAGAAGAUGAUCAUCGCGCCAAGCACGGACGCCAGCGAUAAAUUUGAAAGCUACUAAUUAAGAUGGACUUGUGAUGCCAUUACCUUUAUUUUUUACCUGUAUCUAAUUACAAGUUAUAAUGUGGAUCCAAAACGUCAGGCGAUUCUGUCUUAUUCCAGCAGUCGCAUCUUUUUCUCGUCAACUGCUUUCUGGAACUCACCUGUAUCAUCAAUCGUCGGGUAGUGUAUCGGAAAAAUAACGAAGCAGAUUAUUGUGCGGAAUGCCUGCUGCCAGGUUUGCCUAUGCAGAUAUUAUACUGUUAUGCCGCCUAAGUUGGUGGUACUCGGUUCAAGUUGUUGUGCAAAUUUAGCUGCCGAGUCCCAAGAGUCGUGUCCUAAAACUUUUUAUUCAGGCCUUCACAUUGAUUUCUGACAAGAUAAAAUGCUUUCUAUGAAACGUGAUUUAGAGAACACAAGAUUCAUUUAUGGAGAGAAGCAAAGUGACACACUCCUGACAACAUCAAGCCUGCAAGCUUAUGAAUAUUCUCUUACAUUGUGGCGCGCGCCAGGAAAUAAGUUAAACUGGAAUGCAAGAGAGCAAAUUCUGACCCCCGUUAAUCCAGGUUAAAAGUAGGUCAAACUCUUGCAUUACCCAGCGAAAACGACUUGCUCGCCCCCUCCUCCUCCUCCCCCUCCCCCUUCCCCUCCUCCUCCUCCUGACCUGAAGCAGAUGCCAUGUUCGCGGCUAAAUGUGGCAGGCGGGGAGUUCGGAGUGUGCUGGAAUAACGAAUUUUGAGGGCUGGUGUCGAGCAGAAUAUGAAUUCGCUGGUAGUCCUCUUCCGCCAUUGUGAUCAGUUAUGUAGCACAUACAAUUUGACUGUAUAAUUCUAGUGCAUUUGGCUAGUUUUCGUGGCCUCGGGUCUUCGCUCCAGUUAAGAAUUUCACCUCUCAGUCUUUAACCUUUAUUUACUGCCAACAUUUACGACAUCAGAACCGCAUACGUAUCGCCAAUAUCAUGGAGUAUCAUCAUUUAUCUAGGUCUUUAUUGGCCCAUUGUCACCCUCGAUCUGUCUUUAUUAUUUUUGCCAGUAUACGGCGGUCACCGACCUCCCAGUUUUGACGCCGUUAUUGCCAGCAGUGUGCCUUUGGGAUGUGGACUUUCCAGCUCGGCAGCCCUGGAGGUUGCCACCCUUCGCGUCUGUCAGGCCUUCACAAACUUCACCUCCUUAAGCGUAAGGCCACUGUUUGCCACCUUCCUUUUUAUGCUAUUUAGCCGUUGCUGAACUCCUGCUUGGUCUCAAACCAAUCAGGGCUGCCUAUUUCUGCUGUUGAAAAACGCGCCAUUUGCUGGUGGAAUUUCGGCCAUAUGCCCCAUCGCGAACUAUCCCUUUGGUGGAUUUCCAUGGAACUCCAUGGACAGAUCUGGCGUGGCCGCACAGCAGUAGCGACUAAGUGCCUAUUUAUGAAGAUUAUAUAGGUUUGCAGAGCAGCAAACGCGUCAAUAGGGGCUUUCAUUUUAUGCGCCGAAUGGAUUAAGGAGUUUAAGGCAUCUAGGGAGGAGUUGGACAGGAAUUUGAUCAUCGGAGCGAACAUUUUAUUCAUUUGCCGUUUCGAAUCCAUCAUCCAAAAGGGCAGAAAGUAGCAACCGAUGCAUAAAUGUGCGGAAUUUAUUGGAUUCAGUAACAACUCAAUACAGGCCACCUAAAAUUGCCAGCAUUCCCACACAUCGCCCAUGUUUAAGCGAUGGUUGGCUGAUCUCUCGCAUUCCUAUAGUUAGUGGUCAUUAUUCCAUCGCCGAUGGUGAUGAUUACUACAUUAAUUGCUCGGUCAGCUGGUCCUCCAGUUCUGUGCCCCGCGAAUCCAACGUACAGAAGUUGACACACGAAAAGUGAAUAUGGAAUCGUUGUCAGCGCGAGUCUUGCAAACAUCAUUCAGUCCUUUCAAGGCCCUCCAGAAGCACGUGCGGACUGGCUAAGUGGGCUGUUUUGAUGUCUCGGACAUCCGACCACCGAUCCAGACAUCACGGUCUGUUCGUUAACACAACUUUUUGGGGAAACUAAAUGGGUUAAGUCUCCUGCUCAACGGGGUCAUAGCGUAUUUCGUGUGCACAUCUCAUUUUGCUUCACUUCCCCAGGAUCUGGCAGUUCGAGAUUGUGGAAUUACUCCCGCGAAGCAAAUGCGAUCGGACGGCGAAUCCCCCCGCACACGCCUAAAUCCUCCAGCUGGGGAAGCUGUCUCAAGACAUACUUGACACUUUAUGGUACGAUUUAAGUGUAGGUAAAGACAUAUCGGCGGGGUCGUGAACAAAGUAGUCUUGUAACGGUCUCUCAACCUCAUAGAUUGAAGUUUCUGGCUCGGUGUGCGGAUAAUACCUUCGUCAUCAUGGAACAAAAUUCAGUGUUUGUAUUAACAAAACGUCUUAAUGCCGUCUUUCCAGGCACGUAAUUCGGUAUGAUGGGGCAGACAACAUCCUUCACUGUCACAGAACUUUUCGUGGCCUAAAAACUAAGGUGUCCAGGAAUACGACAGAUACAACGCACUUAUAGAUGCGUUUCUCCGAGGUGCCCCGUUGGCGCCUUGAGAGGAGCUGCUGUGAGCCCAAGGAGGGACUCCCUGAAUUACAAUGCGUUUUACGAGUGUUCAGGGCGAUUGACUGCAUGCGCUAUUUGGUUUUCUGUUGGCCUUACUUGUUGACAGAAACCGCGGGCUGCCUCCUCAUGCCAUUCGGAGUUUGGUUUGCACAUUGACCGGAGACAACAAUAAGUAGCUAAGUGAUGAGGCCGAAACCCAGCUGGAGCGACAUUUAUGGCCUGGAGUCGUUUAUUGGACUUAGUGCAAAGCAAACCGGGCGCGCAUGAUCGAACUCACAUCAACAGUGAGGAGGGAAGACGUGCGCACGCAGAUCGCGGAUCUUUCGGUGACACCCGGUCACACCUAUUUCCCAAGGCCGAAGUCGCCGUAAGGGGUGACGGCUCCGUUGGAUGUUAGCUGUUGCAGUCAUGGUUCUCCAACCACCAGUCCAUCAACGAGCGGAAAGAUUUCUCUCACCCCUUCCUCCCCCUAUCCGGUGCCGGGACUCCGUUUGGACGGAGUGAUUAGUCACGGUGGGGGGAGGGGGGGUGUGCGGAUGCGCAUCAUCUACAGUUACAUAAUUGAUUGGCCAAAUUAUGGGGUAAAGGGGGGUCAUGUCAAGCCAGGACACCGGCGAUGUGAUCGUGGCAGUCAACGCUUCGUCCUUAUCGCGUCGGAUACAUACCUCUGCGACGUAUGCGAAACUUAUAUCGUUGUUAGGUGUGUGGUGGUGUGGCAAUUGCAUGCUCUAAAGACUGUGCCCUCUGUGCGUCUACCAAAUUUUACCGUUGCUGUCUCAGAUGACGAGUUUGACAGUUAAUCUGAAGUGUUAUGCGAGUUAAAUUCCUGUUUUAAGGUUUAUGCGCGAGUGGCACUUGCGUUGAUUUCCCUUCCUGUGAUGUUUCUGGACGCAUUUUCCUGUGCGCUCCCAGGAAAUCCGUCGUCAUUUCGGCGCCUCAAAUAACCAUACAUGUUAGUGCUGCAGUAGAGCGGACAGUAAUCACUCAUAACUACCUGUGGCUAUACAGUUUACACCUCCACUUUGAAAAAUUGACCAAAAUCCCUGAACAAGUCCCCGACCAGGGAAUAUUGCGAAAUUUGCACUUUUCAAAAACAGAGUAUAUAACAUCAUGCUAGUUCAUGCAUUAUGACUGACCAAAUUUCCACCGAGUCCUUUCGGGUUAGUCAUUGGUACCCUACUAUCCAACCAUUUAACAGCUAGCCUAAUCUGUCUUCCUCAGGUCUUCACAUAAAGGCCUGUGCAAGCAGGGUUGUCGUUGGAUUAACUUAGUUAUAAUGAAGCCGUGCCGUCAAAAAUAUUAUCGCGAGGGGACAUGUACUCGCCCGGUUUGUCGUUAAGCUGCAGUCAGAUGCCCUUGCAGGUAUUCUCAUUGGAACAGGUUGUGAUGUAGAGGAAAAUACCGACAAGGACACGGGAGUUUGAACAACCAUUGCUGGCGCGACGAGGUUCAGAUGUUUUCUAACCCGUAGAAUGAACCAUUUUUGCACUGUCGAUGUCCUCAAUGGUAGCCUCGCCGGUGGAUAGGAAAAUAGUGUUAAGGAAGUAAGCGGCGUAUAUUCCAAAGCUUAUUUUGUUAAAGGCCUCAGGUAAUAGCUCGGGAUUGAUGUCUGGUAUCAGAAGAGACCGCUGAUUCAGUUAUAAGGGGUGUGUUAUUUCCAACAUUCCAGUAGGCCAUGCUGAUUUGAAGUCAAAUUUAUCCGUCUUCUUGAAACAAACUAUGGUCGACUGCUUGAACUUUUCCCAAUAUUGACUGGGGUAAGCUCCUAGACUACUCAGACCUAUCUAAAGUAAACCUCCUAUUCAUAGGCAACGGAUUCGGCUCUACUUUGCCAACGUGCCGAACACAUUUGGGCGGGAUCGCCGUGUGGGUUGAUGGACCAACUCAUCGUUCUGGAAGGAAAACGUGGACAUGCCCUCCUCAUUGACUGCCAGUAAGUACGCAAAGUUAACCCAGAACAUAUCACUACCCGUAAAUGUCUCCAUAUACGUCCAAAGACACCUGCCUAAUAAUCUUUCUCCUUGACCCAUCGAUGAAUUACGUGAAUCUGGUAGUCGCCUGGUGGAUUCUAGGGGCAUUACUUAGGAAAUCAAUUUACUGUAUCAGAUUUAGUGGAUUCCAGACGUUUCAGUAGGCUAGGCGGGUAACCUGACCCGAAUGUGAUUAAAUUCGCGUCGUCCGGCGGGGCCUUGUAGCUCAGGUGGUUAGGGCGUUGGCUGUACUAAAGCCUUCCCCCUACUGUCUUGGGUUCGAAUCCCACCGAGGCGCCGAGUUUUUUACAGUUGGGUCAAUAUGAAUCAUCGUCACGGUGAGGAAGUCUUCCAGUCAACUCAUGCAGCUGAGAUUUGAGGAUUUCUUUGUCGCGCUGAUCGGCAUCUGGCGUUGGCGUGUAGACGGGAACAACAGAAAUGUUGGUAGGGUGCUUCUUCAGUCAUAUGACGCCUGACGGGUCAUCAUCUUGUUUCCAUGCAAACCACGCGUGGUUUGCCUAUUGUGAGAGUUCGAUCGCGGUACCUUGUCUACAGAAAAGUUGCGUGAAUCCCUGUGCUAAAAAAGAGUGAAAUGGUUGUUGGCUCCCGGAGUCCUGAUCUUCCGAGAGGUUGGGUCAGCGGUUUGCACCUUAGAGGGGAGCCAGGCAUCAUCUUUUACAAAGGAAAUCAGAACGUUGUCAGGUUUCGAAGAUGAUCAAGGAUCGUUUGCAUAUUUUGUAAUCCAACACUAAGGGUUCGUCCGCGCCUAAGUAGUCCAACUCGCAUAUCGUUUGCCUGCAUCUCCGGAUUAAGUUUGCCUGGGACGUAUGUUCCAGAGGACGGACCGUAGUACCGAAAUCGGGAAUGUUGUUGUCGUUUCUUGUGAAAUUCGAGUACAGGUGUUACCCCAACAGCCACUCAGCCUGCUUCUUCGAGGUUGCUUCCUCCAGCGCGGUGGCAAGCAGACUUUACUGGCGAUUCACGUUCACCGUGUGACCAUGUUAUCAUCGAAGCUUGUGGCAUUCUAUGAGGCAGCCGGCCUGCCGGACCUCGGUCCUCCACGCCCUGGCAGCACCGUCUUCGUUGGUCCGCGACCGCUUAUUUGCCAAACUAGAGAGCCUGUUUGGUUCACAGAGGCUCUACUGAAAGCCAUUUCGCUGUGCGCCACACAUAGACGCGCCGCCUAGCCAAGAACUGGGACAUAGAGUAAACCCGCUCUCCUAUCGGCCUGACUUGGAGGUAGUAAGUCGACGACCGCCUUGUUUAAACCACCAAUUCGUGAACUUGUGUGACAAUGGCUGCCUUUGCCGUAUCUAGGCUGGAAACUAAAUGCAUCGAUAGUAACCUUGCUUUAGUAAGUAACCCGAACUCAUGCAAUUAGAGUUUACCUCUCGACCGGUCUGGAAACAGCUGUCACAUUUCCUGCGACCCCUCCGGAGCAACUGCUAUCGGUGGAACCACAUUGUGGCCGGUUUUAUAUAAGCCGGCAACUUUUAUUCUAGAGAAUACGCCUGUAUAACCAAGAAAGGAUUUUCGCAGUGAAGAUCAAGGAAAAGUAUAUUCAACUGUUUAGCGCAUAGGAGGUUAGCGUUGUCCUCAACGCUCUCAACGGGCUACCGACUAGCCACGUUCUUGCCAUCGGCAUAUACGUACUGUAGCUCACUCUUUUGUCAGUCUACCUUUAUCUCUACUGCUGAUUGCCGUUGGUUCGAGUGCUAUGUGGACUGACCGAAAAAGGUUGAUCCACUGUCAUACGUAUAACUGGUUUCGGCUCCACGAAGGCGAUAUCGAUAUCAUCGUUUGUGUCCACGUUCUGAUGCCGAGUCAGCCUCGCCUUUUGUCCCAAUACUCCCCUUCAUUUUAAUCAUUUUCUGUUUAUUUCACAUCUUAAACCAGGGGUCUUGUUAUUUUUUGAGGUCAAAUGAAUGCACGCCAGUGAUGACAAACUUUUCACCUGACUCCGAAUCGGGCGCCAAACUGGUGAUAAUUGAUUCAGGCGUCAAGCACCGCAUCGCAAAAUGCGGUUACGCUUCAAGGCGGGAGGAAUGUGCGGAAUUGGCAAAGUUAUUUGGAGUUGACUCUCUGCGCGAACUACAGUCCAAGAUCGCCCAACUACCAGAAUUGAUCGACAGUGAGUGUGCCAAAUCAGUCCGUGUGGCCCCGAAUGUUUCGUUGAUGAGAUUUGUCUUUAGAAUUUUCUCUGUCAUCUGCUCCUAGUAGCCUACAUUUACAUUCACGGAGGGUAAAAUAGAGGCAGGGAAUAUCCAACAAGCACACUGUGUUCGCAGGGACGCUUGGAAGGUGAGCCGACCGCCCAUAGAAUCGGACAGGCGGGUUCCGGAAAGCGGUUCAGGAAAAGAAGAAGAAUAUGCGAUCACUGGGACAAUAAGUUUAUUGGCCUGACGUUUCGGUUUCUCACUCGAACCCAUCAUCAGAGACGGUCGCAGAUAAAGAAAGUGGAGACACCAAGGACUGCGGUAUUUAUAGUACGCAGCUGCCGUGGAGCCACAUGCGGAAGCUCUCGCAAUCACUGCUGGAGGCGAUGAUGGCUCAUCAGUCCGCAGCCGAGACGUUAAUUGCCAAAAUUUCAUCAUGCGUGUUGUAUGGUUGGUGUGGUGAUUUCUCGACCAUUUGGUUUGCUGUCACUGAGAUUGUCGCUUGCCGGCGCCCUCCCCACGUGACUGAAUCCCCUGCUCAGGGCGUCUCAGCACCGCAAUGACCUCCUGGUACCAUAUUCGGUGCUGAGACAUUCCCUGAGUUAGGGGAAUCAGUCACGUGGGGAGGACGCAGGCGAGCGACAAUCUCAGUGACAGCAAACCAAAUGGUCGAGUAAUCAUCCCGCAUGAUGAAAUUGCGGCAACUAACGGCUCGGCCGCGGACUGACGAGCCAUCAUCGCCUCAAUUACGACCCCAAACACUUCAAGCGGAUGAAAUGUAUUCAGAUAUUUUGCGGAUUUAAAGACCUCUCGACCGGGAAGCAUAAGGGGAAAUCAGUUUUAGGGACACAUACAAACGCAACUCAUGCAUUAGCACUAUUGGAAAUGGGGAGUCGAUCAGAGUGAGCGCGCAUUCCGCUCCCUGCUUAUGUGAUGACAGAAAAGUAGGAAAUGCAACCCCCCACACUGAAAUAAUGCAUGUUUUUAGGUGCUAAGUUUCAGCCGAAUGCUUAGUUUUUCUCGUGCGUCCUUACUGGUGAAUGAUACUGACCUGUUACAUGAUUUUAAAAUUCACAUAAAUGCCCACUACGCAAACUAGAAAACGUGACAACGACUAGGACGAGCUAGAUGGACACUGUAAAUUUAAUCAACACCACCAUCUGGUUUGCGGACGCAACGCCUCGGUGCGAGGCCAACUUGAAUCACGGGAUCUUUUAACUGCAGCGUGUUUAAUCCCUUCUAAUUCACACUGACCCCGACGAAAUUGCUUUACGGAUAGCAUUCUGCCCAGGAAGUAUUAAAACUACUAUUGUUGUGAGUCAAAUAAUGAGGCCUUUUGCGCCCCUGAGUCUAAUUGUCCCCGUCCCAGACAAAUGAGGAACGUGUUUGGCUAAAACAUCUUAGCCUACAAGAAGUGAAAUUUACCAGCUUCAAUUAAACGUAACUGGAAUCGGUAAACUUCUGGUUGCCCUGAUUUAAAUCGGACAUUUAUAUGCGUUUUUUCCUCUCUGAUAAGUCGAGCCUUUGAUUUAUUUUUCAUGAAUUAAAUUUAACCAAGUGCACGAUGCUGUGAGAAACACGUAAGCAGAUAAACAAUUUAGCAAAGUCGGCGAUUCGACUCUGUCCGACGACAUACGUUUUCUGCACGUGCUAUUUUUUCAUAUACAUUCAUCUGCUGCAUCGUUAGCCGCUUUCACCUCUGGUGGCCAAAGACCUGCACUUUCGAAGCACAAUGCAUUAAAAUACUCCCUCAAUCUAUCGUUAGUGCCGUUGGAUUUAGUGGUCUUGUUGGCUAUUGUACAGCCUCAAUGCCAUACAUCCACCUGCCAGGGCAAUGGUCAUUUAGAAAUUUUCCAACCGGUAUGCUAGUGCGGUAUCCCAUUAUGUUGAAAAUGUGCCCCCCCCCCCAAACGGGCCACGCGGCAGAUGCACUGGACCAACACGGGGACCACAUUGGAUUGUGGCAGGCGUCAUCGGAUUUGCGCGCUUUAAUAAAUGUCAACAUUUCGGGGUGUGGUGGCAGAUGCAGAUGCCGGCAUACGUCGCGCACACUGGGACCCCCUGCCGCCCCCCCCCCCAUUGUUAUUGUUGGUCGAAAACCUGGUCUUUGCUGUAUGGACCAGGGGGUGUGGAGUGGAGCGCCAAGGUGCGGGCCCGACUGUGCCAUCCACCUGUGCCCUCCCCCCUCCUCAGUCUUCUUGACUCUGUCUUGACACCGGGUCCAGGCGAGGGAGGAGGAGAGAGUGCGGUAUAUGCACUGAAAGUAUACAUUCACUAUAAACUAAUUCACGCACAAGUCACCGUUCCUGCUCUCACCUUGCUGUGGAGCACACGGUGGACAUCGUCGGCAACGACGGCCAAACUGUCAUGUUGAAAAUAACAUCCCUAACACUGCAUAGGUGUUAUAAUUGCCUUUGUAUGUAACAACCCUGGACAGGUAUAUAUUCACACUUAAUACUUUCUCAUACUUGCUGUCAUUAACUCCGUGAAAAGUAUAAAGCCUGACGUCCAAGCACCCUGCAGAGAUGGUGAUUGAAACUUAAUAACGGUCUGUCUGACAAUGCUGGGCAAGGUUUGGUACUGCAGCCCCACUUGAUUGAUACCGCACGGUUAGCUUCCUAAAACAACUUUAAUAGGUGCAAUUGCGCUGACUUGACAGAUAUCACGUGUUUGCGCCUUCCUUACUAUUUUACUCCAGCGAGAGUGUCUGGGCCUCCGGGGGCGGGGGGGGGGAGGAAGUGCCGACACGUCAGCCUCAGUUACAUCAGGCACCAGUUCACACGCGCCUCCCUGCGUGCGUUUCGAGCCCAGCUUGCAAUCUCUUUAUUUUCUUAAUUCAGCAGGUGGCUAAGUAGGCCUGCGAAUAGCAUUGUUCGGACGGAUGGGACCUCCGUCCGGUUCCACUAUAGUAGCCAUGUGCUGCGAAUUGGCUAAGAUUGGUAUGUUAACUAAGACAAUUUUAGGAAGCUAACCAAUCAAGUGGAGCCGCAGGAACAAACCUCUCCGAAUGUUAAGUAUCCUCAUGCUUUGACAGCCGUUGGGUUAUAUCUGAGUAUUGCGCAAAAGAAACUACCGUCGUGAAACCCAACUCGUAUGCCAGCAUAACGACACAUUAGAAGUCUUUUCCUCCUCGGACUCGAUAUAAUUUAUAAAGAAGACGCACAUCCGUGCAUGUAGCCAAGCUCUACUGCCAUCACAUUUGACCCUGUUUUUGCCACAAAUGACCCCUCGAUAUUCGAUCAUGGGUUCGACAUUCUGUCCAAUUAAGCUGUUAAUUAAGUUCCCGAAGGCAGUCUGCGUUAUUAUGGCCGUGUCGAAAGUACCCGCUGGCCGAACUCGACUUCUCCUACGCCACCACCCUGCCAACCCUGCUGCCUUGCGCGAAUAGGGUCACCAAGUCAGUUAGUUUAUCCGCAAGGGCCGCAAAAACCAGAUUAUCCUCGACCUCUGCGUCUUACUAGCAGAAAGUACCCGUCCUGAUUAAGGACAGUCAGCUGGAUUAAAAUGGGUCAGUUAUGGCAGGUGUCGUCAGAAGUACAAGUAUUACCAUCGGGAGAUUUCUGUAUUGGAACUGCGGCUGAACGCGGUUUGAAUAUAAGGUUAAAUUUGCAUCAAAAGUGGGAUUAAUGGAUCACCUUUAUUUCAAAGUUAUGUUUAGAGUGAUUUGAAGAAAUAUUUCCUAAAAUUGGACAAACGCACUGGCGGUAAUGAUCCCCAGAAAGGGGGCUGAAGUGGUUUGAGCACACUGCCUGUCAUCCAUUUCAUGGGUUCAGUACCACCUUCUAAAUAUGAUGCUGCUCACUAACGAGAAGCGACGAAGAGGCAGUUUGCUCAAAAUAUGGCUCGACACCGCCCGAAGGGAUGUUUCGUUACUACUCGGUAGACCACCCUUGUCACUGGAGACUAGAGCUCUUCGGUAUCAUCAAAUAGAGUGACCCAGAUAUUCUUGCCAUAACCGUAGUUGCCACCGAGAAAAACCUGCAGUGUUCAAGAAUUUGAAUCACGGCCUCAUUCUACGCAUGGAGUAAGAAUGUAAACAUCGUUUAUUUGGGACAGUUGACCUUCCAUUUUCGUGAUUUGGUGCUCCCUUAGGUCCCUGAAGGCCUCAGCUCUUACCUUUUCACAUGCUUUCCGUGCACCUUAGCGGAAAUUAAUCUGGAGGAUGUGAAUCGAUAUUCACUUGAAGCAGAGGCUAACAGCAUAAUCUGAAACGGUGUUACUCUGACGAGGAACUUAUGCCUCAAACCUGUGAUAACAGGCCCACAAAGCACAAGGCCAUAUGGACUGUACGUGGUCAGACUAGCUCCAUGGAAGAGUAUCUUAACAUUUCUUUAAAAUACAGCAUCCCCAAUACAAGCAGAUAAAGUCUUCAGAUAGGAACCAGGACGGCGAUUCAUCCAGUUGAAGAACAGUUUCUUUCGCCUAACUUGUUAAACUCUGAAAGUAUUAUUAGGCUUCCAAAGUUGACGACGAAGACUUGCCGCGUCCGCGCCAAUGGGCAACAAACCCUCGUUAGGAAAGCAUUAAUUGGUACGUCUGUUGUGACCGAUGAUAACAAACUCCGCCACGCUGAUUCGUUGUUUGAAUGAUGGGUGGUGCCUCAGUUCACGUACAUACACACGUAACUGAGUGGACAAACCCGAUGCCCAGGGGUGUGGCAGCAGGCUAUGGGGACUGGACGACUCACGUGUGCUUGAAAUAGCUAUCCCGGAUCACAGACUAGUGCCUGCGAUGAUGAGCCUUAUUAGAUCGACAGAUGGGUUGAAUUCCCCAUCGCCCAACAGGGCUUCUAUUCUAGUCUCAAGGACGCGGACAAGCCGUAUAGUUGGCUAUUGUUAUCAAAGCCAGUGCAGCCGAUCUUUAGGACACAAAUCGGUCUUGGUUGAUCACAUGUGAUAGAUUGUCUUUCUGCCCUACCCGUAUCUCUAUUGAUGGACUUGAGGAAAAAUUCCAAAACGCAGAACAUUAAACUCUCAUCCUGGUUUCUAUGUUCAGGCGCUUUAAAAACACUUCGAGGGCGGUCAGAAGGAAUUGACAUGGCAAAUUAGAUAAUCUGAAUUUGAAGUUUUUUACUUCUUGCAUGAUGACUCACCAAAAUCACUCUUAGUAUCCACCUGCCACUUUCGCUCCAUAAGCUGGAAUUGAGACUACCAAUGCAGAACAGUUAAAAGCAAGCUUCACUUCAGGUGACAGUAACAUAUUCCGGGUGAGCUUUGGUCAUGUGCUGUUAAGUUCUUCAGAGAACGAAUAGCGAUACACGUAAUAGUGUACCUGAAGAACAGAACUUUGGUCUAAUUCCUCUUAGUUGUGAAAAAGCUAUUUUUAUUUCUUCUUCUGUUACCUCUAAGUUUAGCUGAAACACAAAUCCACCGUUUAGUUUCCGUUUACAACUUGUCUCGCUCCCGAAAAUGAGAGAACGGAUAAAUCGAUUUCUCGGUAACAAUCGGGAGAUGGCACCCAAAAAAAUCCGCCUAACGAAAGCGGCCUUUCUUACGGGACAGGUGGUAAUAGGGGUUUUAUGGGUGGUGGCUGGUCGCGAUGUACGAUACUAGCCGACAGAAAGCCUUAUUUGUACAGGUGAAUGAUCGAAGUUAGUCCGCUCUCCGUUCCGUUAUUACAAAAUGGGUCGCCAAAGGCAUUAUAGUGGUAACGGACGAGUAGAAGGCGUAUAAUCGUCUUCAUUUCUCUGUUAACCACUCAAAGAACUUCAAGGACCCUACCACCGGACGGCACACCAAUGCCAUUGAGGCAUACUGGAGUAGACUGAAAAGGAAACUCCAAGAGGGAGGCCCUGUAUGUUUUCGAGCUGUUUGGGCUCACAUAGACGAAGUGCAGUAUCGUCUUUUGUUUGACCUUAAUGCCAUGUCUUUGACAGAUGCCUGGGAACUGUUCCUGUCCCAUGUUGUGCAAACUUAUCCUAUUGAAAAGUGUUUUUGUUAUGUAAUAAAUUGCCAUAAUGCGAAUGUAUGCCGUGUAUUCAGGUGUACGUGUGUAACGAUGGGGAAGGUUAGGUAACAGCGACUAUCGUCCAUGUAACCUCCGGCGAUGUUCGUUCGGCCAGCCCAUGUUAGGCCGUUGGGGAAAGUCCAAGUACUGAGUGAAAGUAGGCCUGCAACCACUGAUAUAGCCUGAAGGCGUUUGAGUCCACGGUUAAAGGUAUUAUUUCUAGUCAACGGAUUUUUUGGGUGCCAUCUCCCGAUUGUUACCGAUUUCUCUUACUGGUCACUUGGUUUACUUAUCUUCCGUUCGCAUAUAAAUGUAGUGAUCUGACGAGAAUUUAUUAAAAGCACACGUCUGCUCACCCACUGAUCUUCUGAAACCGCAAGUAGUUGGGAGAGGUCCUAGAAAUACAAAAGAACAUUCAUUCAUUUUCGGUUGAUUUCAUAAAAUGUUUGAAUUUCGGCUAGCAUGGGUGUGCAUUGAAGUCCAUCCAGAGCAUUCUUUUCGACUGCAUGGCAAUUUUGGGAACCGCAGAGAAUUCCGUGCGAAAUGGGUUCAUCCAGCCCGCGGGGCAGUGUUACCAGUCAUUUUUCCUUUUCAUCAGCUAGUAAAUUAUAAGGCUGAAAAUAUUACCUCUCUCUCUAUCCGACACAUCGUGUGGGUCAAAAAUGAAACACAACUAUUUUUGUCUUAAGAGGCAAGCGCAGGACUGAGCGACAUUCAUGCAAAGCGACUUCGCCACAUCCUGACGGAAAAUGACCGGGUCCUCCAGGCUGUAAACGCAAUGGAGUCGGCGGACUUAGUAAGCUUGGGAAAGCUUAUGCAAGAAAGCCACGCAUCCAUGAGGUUAGUCCUCUGUCUCUAAAUGUUUGCCUGACGAACCAAUCUUCGUAUUUCGUAGGCUACAAAAAACUUCAGUCUGUUGAACUAAAAUCUCAUCUUCAAUACUUUGAUAAUACCAUACGAAUAGGACGGCGCAUGCUCCAUUCACAACGAUACCAUAAGGUGAAACCAACUGCCAGGUUUAAGGGUUCCGAGGUUUUACAGUGUCUGGUUAUUUUGGACAAUCUCAUCUGAUCUUUCAUACAAUGUCCAAGCAAUUCUUUAUCUUCUGCAUUUAUUGUGUCCCUUGCAUAACUUGUUUAUUUCCGCAGGUGCUCGUCUAGCAUGUACAAUGCACAUAUUGUCAGCGAAGACGACCUACUGCGGAAAACAGAUAAGGUGGACUUUUAUAAAACGCCCAUUACGAUACAAUUCUGGAACUAUUCAUAAGUCAUUAGUUUCGCCUAGUUCGGUUGCCGUUCGUAACCGAACACGCAUAAAGAAACAUCCAAAGAUCAUCAGCAAUUUUUGACGGAAAAAGACAUGACAGAUAAAUCUUUGAAAAGUACAUCAGUACUUUCGCACAAUGUGAAAGUAGCUGGACCGCCCAAAUUACUGAGUAGGGUGGUCCAAUCAUACUUGAUUAUGAGGACAUCUUUACUAGAUAUGUAGCUUGGGGUGACCCAACAGUUGCCGCAAAAAUCGGCCUUCAGUGAGUUCGUGGAUAAACAGUGUAUUAUUGUUCGACAUUCGAUUUACAGCUUUAAGACAAAUUAUUUAGAUCAAAUGGCAAACAACUAGUACACCAUCGUUUCACCCAGUCGUGUUUACAGUGAGCUAUGGUGAAAUGUGAGGGUUGCUGAUUGAAACGGAACAGCCGAAGCUCGUUCUUAAAUGAAUUCAAACUGAAAGGAAGCCGAAUGUAACGGAGUGGCAAUAAGUGCUACUUUAUCACUGAAUGAACAACUCCAACUCAUUGUCCAUACAAACGAAGAUGCGAGUUAUGAGAAACAUUUGGGAAGGGAAUGCUUUCGCUGGAACACGAAUCUUAUUCGCAUGACGCUCUGGAUUCGCAUCCUAAGCCAUCAUCAAGACAGCAUCGAAUAAUGGCAAUGGAUGCAUGACGGUUACAGUAUUCGUGGGCUGUAGUUGCUAUGCCAUGGCAUAUCAGUCAAGAUAAUCAACUCCCAGAUUUAUCGUGGAUAGUUACAUUUAGCGCGAUAAUUGCUAGAUCGCUUGCAUCCGAGUCGUUAAUUGCCGCAAUUAACGACAAUAUUCGGAGCUGAAACAGCCUGGGCAAAGUAAUUAGUAACAUGGAGAUCGUUCGGGCGAACGCGAUCGCCAGUGUCGGUUUUGGUGAUACAGGUGACAGGGUGAUCGUCACGCCAAUCGCCAAUUGAAACUGCUGUAAUUAACAAAUCCGAUGCGGGCAAUCAAGCCAUUAGCACACCUACUGCAACUGGCUGCGAUUGAUGAGGGAAGCACACAUUUUUACAGAUACUGCACACACUGCCCGCAUUCAACGUCUCAUCUUCAGGAUAAGUUCGAGUGAGAGUCCGAAAUGUCAGACGAAUAAACUUCUUGUUCCAGCGAUCGCGUCGCUUUUUUCUCAACUCCACUUAGUCUGCUUACAGAGGGUCCUGGACUUUAGUUGAUUUUAGAUUACAGGUUGCAUUGUUUGAGUUGUGUGGAGAAAUAUCUUGCCGAAAGAACAUAAAAUUAUUCCGCAAAAGGCUGUAAGAGACAAACCCACUAGUUGGGCACAGCGAGUAGGCUAUCCAGGAUACGAAAAUAGCAGUGUCCCAACAGUUACAAACUAGUAAAUAAGAACAAAGUCGUCGGCAGGUAAAAGUGCACGUGCGUGUUGUUUGUCUUAUUCAAAGUUGUAUCGAAGCGUAUUGUAACUGAUUAAAACAAAACAGACUUAAAUGUCACUACAAGGCAGCUUCACGUGUAGUGCCAAAAUAUGUAAACUUGCGAAAUGCAAGGUCAUUAUAGGAUCGUGAUCCGCAUCUAAUGGGUCGAUGUCCACUGACCUCAGUCAUCAGUAAUAACGGACGGAUAGGAUAAGCAAACACUGCACCUGUGCUCACCAGAUCGGUAGUCCCCUACCAAGAUUUCGAAAUCAGGAUUGGCCAGCGGGGAUCCCAUGAAAGGCUAUUGGGCGACCCGGUCAUGACAGAAGUCAUUAGACCAAGCAAGAAGGGGUGAAAUCUCAGGAGGAAAUUCUACCGCGUGCAGAAACGCUGUAUUAACUUGAUAAAUGGGAACGGCAGUGCAUCCUGUUGUAUUUGCAGUUUGUGUGACAAUUACCACCACAGUGGAUCUCACUGCCCCCACCCUUUACCAUAAUUGUUCACUAGACAAAGCAUUUUCAGAUUGACGGAAGCUUUUUGAAAUUUAUUACCCUUGUUCUUCUUCGAUGGCAAAUUACUGAGCCCUUUAGAGUAUCUGUGCUCAGCAGUGCAACGCCUAUCCCGAUACUUUGAUCAAUCAACCAUCUGCGAUCAGUUUAUUACUCAUGAUCGAUUUCAAUGGCAGUUGAAGCUUCUGUGGCCCGUGUCAGACUCUCAGCCACGGUGCUAACAGUGUUUGAUGGUGUCGAUGAGGAGGACAGUGGUAACGACGGGGUUUAUGAUUGCAUUGAGCUUUAUAUUAAUGAUAGAAGCGAAAAUCGAGCACCACUCCAAUACCCCAUUAAAUAAUAUUGUCCAUUCAGAAAUUAAAACGAAAGUUCGCUUCUGUAUUUGAAGACACAAAUAGAUAUAUCUGACGUGACGAUGGAUGGCAGCCCACCCAUAGGUUUGCGCACGGGCAUCCUGUGACAAAAUUGUACGUAAGUGCAUGACGAUUCAGGUGACCCUAACGUUCUAGUCCUCCAGCUCCGCGUACGCGCCGCCGUGUUUACGAUUAAAAGACGCACCUUUGGGCCACUUGCGUGCAGGGCGACCUUGCAAUUUCGGCAACGGUGUAGAACUAAACAAAGGAGGCUGCAGUGAAAACAAAGAUUUACUAGGAGUUAUGAUUUAGUUUGAUUGGUUCAGAAGUCGGCGCGCUCAUCGUAAAGGAGAAACUGUGGCUCCACUGAAACCGUCUCAUGAACCAAAAACUCGAUCUGUGAAUGGUUUAGUGUAGGUUAUUUCAGGCUUUACUCCAUUUCUAUACUUGAAGAUCCGAUAUACAAAUAUCAUCAUCCCCAAAAGAAGACGAAGAAAAAGGGGCGAUUGCAUGGACCACACUGUAUUGGUGCUGACGUUUCGGAAACUUCCCCGUUUCCAUCAUCAGAGUGGUGGGGUGUCUGUUCCUGCUGGAUCGGAGUUGUUCUGCCUCGCCGCCUGUCUUGUGUUAUAGGCAUGCCUGACGCACGAACUCUGACCUGCCUUCUGGCUGGAGAUUGGAUUUGGUCCCUCCGCGGGCGGCCGAUGGCGCGCUCCUGUGACCUCUGCCCCUGACCGGCUGUCGUAGCCGCCGCAAAAUCUGUCUGCCCAUGGGCCCUACCCUCAUAAUCGGAUGGACUGAUCAGCUGCCGUUGCAUGUGCGCAUCAUGCUCGGCUGUUAGGGCGCGCCGGUGGGUCGAUGUCUCGCGUUGGUCGUGUGACCUCCGGCUGGCUCUUUCCCCCUGCUGUGAAAGUGGCAACUGUUGGAGGAACCGCGACUCGCUCGCCAGUACGAUCGGCCCCGUCUGGACUGACUGGGGCCUUGUACGUAGCCCCUGGUAGGCCGGAUGACGAUCAAUAGCCCUGUUGAUUGUGUCAACUGAGGGCCAGCUUUCGAGCACCAGCCUAGCCAUCUUGUCAUGGGCUCGACCGAGGACGCUUGCUUCCCUAAAGGCGAAACUGUGUUUCUCCUGUUGCAUGUGACCAUAUACCAGUGACAGUUUACCCUCACGGUUGACUGCAAGCUGGUGCUCAUACAGUCUUGUGCAGAGGCGUUUCCACGUUUCACCAACAUACCUCGCAUUGCAAUUUUGGCACGGUAUGCUGUAGACCACUGCUGAUUGUUCCGUUGCCGGUAGCGGGUCUUUGGGUCUCAUUAUCUGCUGUCUGAUAGUGGAUUCCGGUUUAUGGGCCACCCCAAUCCCAGAAGGGUUUAGGAUUCUAGUUGUCGCCUCGGAAACAUUCCUCACGUAGGGGAUCGCAAGCCAAAACUUCGGCUUCUCACCGUCUGAUCGCUGACGGGUAGUCUUUCGUCGGAACUCACGUAUGAAGGAUCGUGGGUAACCAUUGGCUGUGAAUAAAGAAUGUAGGUAUUUUGCUUCCUCCUUUUUCCCGUCGUCACUACAGUAUUUUAACUCGUUGGAAAAGAGCUCUGACACAACUGCGCUUGUGACCAACAGGGUGGUUACUUCGGAAUUGGAGGAUGCGUCUGGUAUUCGUCGUCUUACGGUAUACCGUAGUUCUUAUCCUCCCAAUAACCGUCCUUGCAACAUUCACCUCGAGGAAGGGCAACUGGUUGUUGUACUCCUCUUCCAUUGUAAAUUGGAUGUCGGGAAAUAUUAAGUUCAGAAAGAGACCUAGAGUCCUGAACGUCGUUCCUCUUGAUUUUGACGAAUUUGUCGUCGACAUAUCUGGCCCAGAAUUUUGGGGAGUACGAACGGAAGACCAGUCGUUCUAGCCUCUGCAGAACCGCCUCAGCAAUCAACGCAGACAGGGGGGAUCCCAUUGGCGUUCCCUUCUUCUGCUCGUAAACCCGGUUGCAAAAAGUGAAGAAAGUUCUAAGGCACAAUUCCAGGAGUUCAGUGAUGUGCGUUCGCUUAAGUUGCUGGCCAACGUCAUCAUACUUAUCCUAAAGAAGCUCCUCAAUUGUGCUGAUGGCGCGGCCGGUUGAAAUGGACGUGAAUAACGAGACCACGUCAAAAAUGCGUCAGACAUGCCUAUAACACAAGACAGGCGGCGAUACAGAACAACUCCGAGCCAGCAGGAACAGACACCUCACCACGCUGAUGAUGGAAACGAGGAAGUUUCCAAAACGUCAGCACCAAUACACUGUGGUUCAUGAAGUUGCCCCUUUUCUUCUUCGUCUUCUUUUGGGGAUGAUGAACGGGAUAAUUUAUCAGGACCUCGGAUUUUCAGUCAUGUUGAACAGCCUCCUGAAGCGAGCAAGAACUCACUGCUUUGACAACGAAACCUAUCACAUAGAACUUAAUUAUUUGUUCAAACUGUUUUCCCAGAAUGGGUAUCUUAGAUAUUUUGUACACCGAUGCAUGAGACGUCAAGAGUUAAAAGAAAAAGAGAAGGAACUAGAUUGUUCCGAUCAGGCGCCCAAACCAAAAAAACUGGCGAACACUUCCGUACAUCAAGAACGUGUCCGAACUAGUUGAAUGAAACCCGAGAAAGCACCAAAUACAUGUAGCACACAAGCCGACGACUACACUUCAUAACCAGCUUGUACACCCUAAGGAUAGGUUUGGCCAUUUAGAUAAGAAGGAAGUCGUUUAUAAGAUAUCAUGCAACACCUGUAAUGCUGUUUACUGUGGUCAAACUGGGAAAUCGGCCUUCACACGAAUACACCAACACCAGCAAGACAACUUGUCCCAAGUUGCAUUCAUACGCUGGAAACUGGACACAAAUUCGCCUGGAACAAGAAUCGCAUUGCAGGUGUCUGCUGAUCUAAGAAGGACCGCGAAUUUUUAGAGGUAAUCCAUUCUGAAAAGACGGGGGCCAAUCAGAGCAUUAUCCCAGCAGGAGUGACAGGACAAAAUCGAUUUUUAGGCAUGUUUAAAUGUUAACUGUUUUGCCCACUUACUUCACGCCCGAGGACGACUUGGGGAACUGAAGUCGAAGAUGUACAACAAAUUUGUUUAUAUUUACCAAAGAACUUAUUUCAGUUGAAUAAUCGUUCGUGGGAUGCCUGUUUUAAAAAAAAUAUGUAUCGACCCUUUAAUUUUACUCACGAAAAUGUCCUUCGACCACGCGCUUAAACCCGUUGAUUGUAAUGAGGAAGAUACAAGAAACCGACCAAGAGGAAAAUAUGAAAAACUUGACAGAUUAUUAUCGAACUCAGUAGUAUUUUUUCCCAAAAGAGGUUAAAAUAUCAAUAUAUGCCAGGAGUCAUUCCCACGUCGUGGUGCAGGAGUUGAGUUAGUUCCGGGAACAUUGAAUUUGAUCUGGAGUUUCCUAUUCUCACCAAUGCAUUUGCAUGGAUAAAUAAUGAAGAAAAAGAAUGAUUUGGUGGACGCGCCUGGUACGUAGGUGUCAGCCUGUCGCUUGAUCGCCUGAACAUGACCUACUCCUUGUCUUGCUUUCAGCGCUAGCGUUAACAGAUGUCUGAGCAGUUUUGCAACUCAGUAAUUUCGCUCGCACUACUGUUCAGUCGCACAGUGUAUUUCUGAUUCAUUACUUCAGAUGGUCAGGAACUAAAUGUUGAGUAGGCUAGGAGAGAUCAUUAUUAUUGCUAACUAACUAGUCAAUAGAGUCAUGACUCAAACAACUCUCAAGUAGUUGCACCAAUAAAAUGAUAAAUCCGGCUCUAUUGAAAUAACGAAAUAGGAAUCUACUCUUGAAAACGGAACCAACCGCAUAACACUUUCAUAAUACCUUUCGAAUGUCAAACCUGGUCCUAUUUCAAAUAUGUCAAAUCUUCCGCUUCCUACCAUCAGUCGGACUAAUAAUUAACACCUAAAAACGGUGUUCAUAUUAUAUUAAGCCAUGGCCUUUAUGCUCAUUAUGUCCUGCAUAAAAGUCAGAAAUUGCGAAGUUUGGAGGCGGAGCGUCAGCAUCAGAACACAUUAGUCCCCGGCGUUGGGUACAUGUGCAAAUUUUCCGACCAUGUUUUACGUGGGCAAGGAUAACUACUAAUUAGGCCCUCAUACCGUAACAUCAGUAAUUUUUCCAUUUGCCGAUAGUGUACAAUCAGUUGACGAUCGGAAGCCUAGUAGGUCAUUUCCCACCGUACACAAGGAAUCAUAGAAUAUGUUCAUUAGACGUCAAAGUUCGAGGCGAGCUUCGGCCAGCCAAAAGGGAAAAGCACAUGACCGGUAAUUAAUAUACAGUGAGCUACCCAGUGCGAAUCUUGUCAGUGUUGCGUUUUAGGACCCCAGUGCAGGUUCAUUCGAAGGUAAGAGUAGAUUCCACUGAUUUGUGUUCCCCAGAACGAGGAUCGAUGAGAAUCGGUUCUCGAGUUUUUUGCCAGAUAGCAUAUCGGUCCUUAACAGUAAAUUACAAGACGAGUUCAAAUCUUACCACUUUAAAUUCCUUCGGAUGACAUGUUGGGUCAGCUCUGGGAUGAAUAACUUCUUUGGCUUACGGUUACUGGUCUGACUCUGUAGUCUAUCGUCUCCACACCGGACACCGCAUAGCCGGCGUAACCGGAAGCCUUUCCACCAUAUUAUCUUCUGCACAUUAGCUGAUGUAUGUAAUGGGUUUCUCUCCUUUCACUCCUCUACAGGGAUGACUUCGAGAUCUCAUGCGAGGAAAUUGACCAGAUCGUGGAAAUCUGCGCUUCCGUUCCAGGUGUAUAUGGAGCGCGCAUGACCGGUGGUGGUUUCGGUGGUUGCGUGGUGGCACUAGUUAAGCCAGGCUCAGUCAAGGAUCUAGUCACAAAAAUUAACGUAAGUUUUACUAAACAUACGGAUAUUGAUGCUGACCAUAUCCACAUACAUGAUUAAGACGCAACUUUCCCAACCUGAGUGUAGGAUUUGUACUUUGAAGGUCCCAGCCAGCAUGUAAAGUCCUUUUUAUUACAAAACGAAGGACUAGUUAUACCUAGUUAUUUUUAUUAUCUCUCUGUCUCCAGUAUAUCACGGCUUUCAUUGAUACCUUAGGACACUUUAUAGCGAGUUAUUAUUCUUAGUACGCAUCUAACUACAUUAAAUUUCGAGUAAAUCUACUUGCUGUGUGGACAGAAUGAUCAUCUUCUAGUUUGCUCUUAAGAAAAAGAAUGGUCAGGAAGAGCAGUCGCCGAGGGAGGUACGAAAUAUGUGCGCCUACUGUCACGAAAGGAUACAACAGACCUCAGACCAGCAAGUGAAGAACACGCUUUUCUUUAACCAGUACAUAUGGAUGACCGCGAGGAAAUCUCUUAGUCGAUGUGCGUGACCGAUAAUUCACAUUCACCAAUGGGCUCAGACUCCCUCACUGGUGUCGGUUUACUUGUGUUAGGUAUCGCUAAAACUACAUUGCGGUUGUCAAACUUUCCAAGGUAGCACCUCUGGGCGACUCAAAUAUUUUUCGAAAGAAGCUAUUUUCUGUCGUGCUCGGCGCUUAUCGCUCGCAUGCGCACCGGCAAAAAAUCUUCUGGGUGGUCACAUGCACCAUGAGAGUCAGAAUUAAUUAGCUACUUAGACAUUCUCAGUACACAUUAUUUCUAUGGUUUUAUAUUUUCCCUCAAGGACGCCUACAAGCCCGAUGCCCAGAUGUUUGUCGUAGAAGCAAGCGGAGGAGCCCGGACACUGCCAGACGACAGGAAAAGAACAAAGUCCUUCAUGGCCAAUCGCUUCGGUAGAAAGUAA